AUGGGAAAUGGUCUCAACGGUGCUAGUCUCAUCAGCAACGACACAGAUUAUCCAUGUCGGGUGCAACUAGGUAGAUAUGCAUUCAUCGAUGUGACAGAAGUAGACUACAAAGAAUGGUACAAUGAUGAAAAACUUUCCAACGAGAGAAAGAUGAUAUACGCCUUAGGUGCGUCGUCAAUAUGUGAACUCCUGUUUGAGAGAAAUUAUCCCAUCAAAAAUAAUAAAAAGGCUAUAUUAUCUGUCCAUGAUGCAGACAAAGGUGCCGGGUCCAGUUGCGAAAUUAGAAUUACAAUAAGAAAAACUGAUACGGGAAAUCUUGAGCCACCUGCUAUUUCAUUACACGUUAUUAAAGAUAUAAGAGGAGAGAUGUCAAUUUUCCAUUGGGAUCCGGCUUCUAACAGAAUCAUCGAUGUAUGGGGAGGUGUCACGGAAUUGAAUACCUUUCUCUACGGUAAAGGAAGGAGGGCAAGUCUUGUGGUUAUAGAAUCUAAGAAAAAAAGUAUAACUGAUCCAAACCCCUACAUGGUGACUGUGAAUCACUAUUUAGCUGUUGAUGACGAAGAUUUUUUCAAUCCAAAAAUGGAUAUUGGCCUUUCUGUGGUUGUCAAGAUUCAAGUAUCAAAUGAUUUUGGAUUGAAAUAUACUGUAGAGGGCCCAGAAAGACACCCUAGUUCAUCAUUAUUUUACAUGUUUGAUCAAGUAAGAAAACAUAGUGGGGCAUGGAAGCCUAGUUGGUGUCCUCAUUGUGCAAAUCUUCAGAAGCAGCGUAAAUCCUUUAUGACGUCUGAAAGUGAAGACAACGAUUCUUUUCCACCACGACAUGGUAAUGGUUAUAAGCAGAAGUCAGAAAGUAUGGUUGCCAACGAGUCUCGCGUUAAGGGAAAUUAUAAUGGUAGUUUAUUUACGAAGUAUUUUCAUUUUUAUAAAAGAUGA